AUGUGUCGCCGACUGCGGACGUUCAUUCAUCCAGCAGUCAUGUUCGCUCAGGUCGGCAGCACAAUUUACGACACGGGGCUGCUCAUACUGCUGAAGGAGCGUUACAACUCAACGGCAAACUCAUCGUUCAGUAACGCAUCCCACUCCGAAGAAGACGAGCAACAAAAUGCCAUUUCGAACUUCUACAUGAUUUAUAAUAUCUUAUUUGGUGUUAGUCUUGUACCGACUUCGUUAUGUCUGGCCAAGCUUGGAGACAAGGGGUACAGGAAGCUGCAAGUUUGCAUCCCUUUGGUAGGUUACGUGCUGUCCAGGGCCAUGCUGGUCUUGGUGAUUCUGCUCGAGUGGCCAGCCCAAGUCAUGUUUGGUGCUGUCAUCCUGCAGGGCUUGUCUGGAAGUUACUGUGCUUAUUGGGCUGGAGUCAUGGCCAUAACUGCGGACCAGAGCGCUGAGAAACUAAGAGCUGUCCAGAUGGAAAGUGUUCAGUUGGCAUAUGGAGUGGCAGGGCUCGUUGGCAGCCUGACCUCUGGGUACAUCUACAACCUGGAUGCCAAUACACAACACCCUGGGGUCAUUUUGGCAGCACUUAGUUCCGCCUUGUUCUUGCUCAGCUUGAUUUACAGUACUUUUCUUUUAAAGACACAGAGCAUUGAAAAGUCUCCUCGUAAUGGCCUUACACAAGAAAACUGCACAAUAAACCAAAGCUCUGAAAUAUCAGAUGAUGUGGAGGACAGUGUCCAAUCUAUAGACUGCAAGGUGGUGGGUGAUAAAGAUCAACCUGCGCCUUUAAAUUCAUUUCAACAAAUCAACAUUGUGCUUCUCUUCAUUGCUGCGGUACUGUACGAUACAGGAGCAGGUCAGUUUAUGAACAUCCGAGCAUCUUUUGUGGUCAAGGAGCCCCUCAACUGGAAUGUUAAGCUUAUUGGAUAUGGCAAUGCAGCUGACUUUGUGAUAUACUUCACCAGUUUUCUGGGAGUCUGGGCUUUCCAUCGAUGUCUAAGUGAUGCUAUUAUGGUUGGAAUGGGGAUUUUAUCAUUUGGUUCUGGACUUCUGCUUAUGGCAUUUGUGACAAAGACCUACAUGUACUUUGUUG